CCGUUGGUCGAUCUGUACAACGCAAUCAAACAACGCGGUGGAGUGACACAUUUGCGUCUGUGUGACACAUGGUUCCGAACUAUUCAGGUGCUACCAGAACGCACACAUCCCGAAGUGAGCAUGAUCGCAUCCGGUGGCUAUUUGCUCACUGCUUACACUGUAGAACCUAAGCCGGGAAGCGUCCAUGAAUUGCUACAGAGCGGUCUGGUCAGUUCCGCGUUUUGGCAUGAACUGGAUGCGCCCGAUGAAUCUUAA